UUCAAACCGCGCAGCAUGGCAUGUUGGGAUACCUCUCUCCAUCAUGGCGGAGAAGAGAGAAAGCUAACGUUAACGGUUAGCAUAUUCAACAACUGCUUGAUUUCGCACAGUUCAGCGCAGUACUCGUCUGCCUUUUUCUCUACACGAACGGGAGCCAUUUAACGUAAACCGGCAUUUAUUAAGAGAGAUCCACUUCAGCAUCACUAAGAGAGCUCUUUACCACAUUUCUGUGCUGCCGUAAUGGAAAGUGCAGUGGACGUUCCAUCAGGUGAGGAUGAAGUGCCUGAGAAAGGUGACAUGAAUGCCAAGGAAAGUACUGAGGCGCCUCACAAGAAAAACAAAAAGCACAGAAAACACAAAAGCAAAAAGAAGAAGAGGAGGAGAAAAGGCGAGAAGGAGAGCAGUUCAGAAUCUGGCGCAGAGUCGGAUGUAGAGCCUCCACCUCCACCGAGAAGGACCACUAGAGCCAGUGCCAGAUUGGCAGCAGCAGCUGGAACUGAAAGCACUGGACUGAAAGAGGAGAAAAGAAAAGAUGCAGUUACAGAUACAGAUGGAGGCUCAAAAUCUAAGAAGCAUAAAAGACAAGCUGCGAAAAAGAAAAAAAAGAAGAGGAAGAAAGAUGAAAAGCAAGAAAAAAAAUCAUCCCGCUCACCGUCUGACAGCAGCUCAGCUUCAGGUUCUGACUCUGAAGGUGAAGGAGGCAAAACAGCUGGCAAUGGAAAAUGUUCUCCAGCUGUUUCGUCUGACCUCAAGGAGCCAACAUCCCGACAGGAGCCAAAGGACAGCCAAGGGGAGGAGAAAGUUGCUCCCAUCUUAAUGCAAAAGCCUGAAUUGCCUGCAGUAAAGAAGGAAGAAAUAACAGACAUGGAAGUCCCCUCCACUGAAGAGAACCAUAGUUGCGCUAAUGAAAUAGAAAAGGAUAAGAUAUCACCCUCUACUGGCCAAGAUGAGAUAACACAGACGGACACUGUUGAGGUGAAGAUUGAGAGCAAUUACGGAGAAGCCAAAUUCAUGCAUGUACAGGAAUUACCUGACAUUAUCCCAAAACAGGAAGGCACUACUCCAAAAGAUGAGCUAAUCCUGAAAGAUCAGACCAGUUUAGUACCAGAGGCAAAGGUCAAGGAGCCUGAUUCACCACGGCCUUUGUCUCCUUCUAAGAGCUUAGAAAUAAAGAGAUCAGAAUCGGACCCCAGCCGUUCACCGUCACCCUGUCUUAUCAAGCAAGAAGCUGAGGUUCAACCAGAAGAAUUAAUGAAAGAACGAUCUAGAACUCCUUCUAGAUCAGGCUCAAAGGAAAAGCUGCCUUCAUCUCCUCAGAAGAGUCAAAGGCUUUCUCACUCCAAGUCCCGCUCUCCCUCUCCUAAAACCAAGAAAACAUCGCCCUCACCAUUCCGAAAGUUGCAGAAGAGCUCCGGUCGUCGUUCCCGAUCCACCUCUCUCUCUGUCACUCCAAUGAAGAAGGCGUCAAAAUCUCCAAGCAAGUCCAAGUCUCCUAAACGACGGAAGAGUUCAGUGUCAGUUUCCCCAAAGCGACGCAGAAAUUCUCCAUCUCCCAAAAGAAAAGUGUCACGAUCCCCCAAGCGUGGAGGGCGGCGGUCCCCCUCCCUGUCUCGGUCUCCAAGGAGGAGACGACGAUCAAAGUCACGUUCCCGUGGAGGUAAAAGGCGCUCCAGGACCCGGUCGCCAAGGCGAAGUGGUGCAGUUGGUCGACGUUCAUUGUCACGUUCCAUCACGAAAACCCGUCGCUCUCACUCUAGGUCUAGACGCCCUGUCGGUCGAUCCAGAUCAAGAUCAGCAGCCAGGCGUGCAGUAGGCAGACGCUCCAGGAGCCGCUCCUUGUCUCGGCGUAAGAGGUCACCGCCACCCAGAUCCCGCCGCUCACGGUCUCGAUCCGCCCGCAGGAGCAGACGAAGUCGUUCAAGAUCCGUUGUCAUGCUUAAGCGCAGCCGUCGUUCCAGAUCCAGGAGUCCUCGCAAACGGUCCAAAUCAAGAAGCCCUCCUCCACGACGGCGGUCCAAAUCUCGUUCAGCAGUUAGACGACGUUCUCGAUCUCCUGGAAGGAGGAAUCGCUCGCCACCAAGGUCCGGAAAACGUUCAAAAUCCCGCUCUUUGUCUCGAAGACACCGAUCACCUCAGCCGAGCAAAAAGAGGUCAAAAUCUCCACAAAGGAGUCGAAGGAGGUCAAAGUCUAAAUCUGCCUCUCGGGGUUUAAAAAAAUCUAAAUCCAGGUCAAGGUCUGAAUCUAGUGAUGGAAGAUCUGGAAGUUCAUCUUCAGCAAGAUCAGUGGCUAACACACCACUAAAAGAGAAGAAGGCUUCCCCUCCUGCUAAGGAGAAAACACCAGAAGAAAAACCUGUUGAAGAAAAUGGCACACCUUGUUUUGAAGCAGCAGGUGAUCUGAAACCAUUGCCUUCCGCACCUGACGCUGCUCCCCAAAGUGAGAGUCCCUUGGAUAAGUUGCAGGAUCAGCCCAUUCAGCUUGCAGACUUGCCUGCUCCCAUUUCAAGAUCUGCUUCCCAAGAGCCACCCAGCGGCCCAGCUGGUUCUGAUUCUUCAGAAGGCUCAGAUGACGAUGAGGAAUCUCCAGUCAAAACUGUGUUAACGAGCAAGAAAAGCUCCUCAGGUUCAGCAUCUCCAGAAGUACCAAAGAAGCAGCUUUCCAAGUCACGCUCACCUGCUGAUCGCCGGAAACGGUCUCGCUCGACAUCCAAGCCGGCAUCCAGAAGAAAGUUGUCCAGGUCCAAGUCUCCGGUUAAGAAAAAAGACUCCGUCUCUCCGUCACAAAGAAAAAAGCGACGGUCCAAAUCUCGGAGUCCUGCUCGACGGCGGAGAUCACGCUCACGUUCUACCACACGUCGCAAGCGUUCUGGCUCCAAGUCACGCACCAGGAACCGCCGGUCCAAAUCCCGCUCUCCAGCUCGCAAGAGGCGAUCCCGUUCUCCGAAUGCCCGGGGAAGGAGGAGGUCCAAGUCCCCGGACAGGAAUAAGCGAUCUAAAAGCCGCUCCACAGGCCGGAGGAAAAGAUCCAGAUCAGGAGACAGAAGCAGGCGAUCACGGUCCCGCUCCUCGGAUCGCAGACGUAGGUCAAGGUCACGAGGUCGAGGAAGACGGCCAGCAUUCCGCAGUCGUUCAUUUGACAGACGAGACAGAUGGAAGAGGGAACCAAGUCACUCUCCGGUUGUCAUUCUCCGCAAGCAACGCCGCUCAGGGUCCCGAUCACGACGCAGUGCUAGCAAAACACCUCCAAGACUAACUGAUCUAGAUAAAGACCAGUUGCUCGAAAUAGCCAAGGCGAAUGCCGCCGCCAUGUGUGCCAAGGCAGGGGUUCCUAUUCCAGAAAGUCUUCGGCCAAAAGCUAUUCUCCAGCUCCCUCUCCCGACCCCGUCUCCUACCCCCAUUUCAUUACCUUUACCGUUACCUCUUCCAAUGGGCAUGGGAAUGCCGAAUAUGCCCAACAUGGGUCCAAUGGGCUUACCAAGUAUUCCUGGAAUGCCCACUAUGUCAAACAUCACCAUGAGUGCUGCUGUGGCAAGUAUGACAGCAGCCACCAUGACUGCUGCCUUGACCAACAUGGGCGCCCUUGCAGCCAUGCCACCACUUGCCCCUCUUCCCACGAUAACUAAUAAACCUCCCCCUAGCCUUGUCCCCCCAACUCCGUCUCUAAACCUGGACCACAUUGAGGAGGCAAAGAGGAAAGUCACUCAGCAGGCCAACAUACAUACCAUUAAGGAACUCACAGAGAAGUGCAAGAUGAUUGCAAAUAGCAAAGAGGAGAUGGCUGUUGCGAAGCCCCAUGUGUCAGACGACGAGAGUUAAAACCAUCAAGGCCACCACAAGCCACUUCAUUUAAAUGACUGAAACAAAACGUAGGAUCCCCUAAAGGACCUUCUUUCCCACAGUUCUCUCUGUUAGCCAGAUGAUCUGACAGAGUGGAGGAGCUCCCUGUUUGUUGCAGCUAUAAAACAUAGGAGCGCCAACUGCCCGACACUGCUCCCACGGUUUGUUUGUACAAGAGCUAGAGACUUGCAGACUUUCACCUGUGAUGCCACUGAGAAAAGUGGACUCACUGAGGGCCACAGCUGUAUGACUGUACAGUGAGUUUUAGUAUGUUUGUGUUGAUGUCUUUCACCAUCAUCCCAACGGUGCAGCUUCUCACCUAGGCAAGACCGUUAGAAAACCCGAGGAAGAAACAAACCAAACGAACCUGUGGGUCAAACGCUUUUGUAUAUGUUCUGAACUUCUCCAAAACUGUUUUACCUUUAUUUUUCUUUAGGAUUGUGUUAAACAGAUAACUACUUGGGUUUUUUUUCUGUACUCUUUUCAGUUACCUGUAACCCCUCGUUUUAUGAUCAAAUAAUGCAGAAUAAGUAAAAAGAUAGUUGAUCCUCACUUGUGAUGUCUUCAUACAAAUUUGAGUUGUAAACGUAAAGAGAAAAACACACAUUAUCACAUUAUUUAGAACAUUUUACUAUAUUGAAUACAGAAGAAAAAAAUAAGUACUGUCCUGGUUGUGUGCAAAUUACAUCUGUGGUUACAGCACCAAUCUCAUCUUUGGUCUGGUAUUUUGUCUGGGCGUUGUUGGGCUUCGUCUGUUUUGCUCUGGAUAAAAAAAAUGUUUAUGGUCAUUUUAGAGGAACAAACUACUUGGUAUGCUUUGGGAAUUCCUACCAUCAUCUUGAGUUAUACUAGAUCUUUAUGCCUGCAUCACUGCAGUUAGUGCUAAAGGACGUUGAAAUAAAUGUCACGGAUACAAACGUGAAAUAAGAGAUCAACAUUGAUGUGAUGAUUUAAAAACUCCCAAGCCUAAAUAAUUUAGGUUUUCUUUUUUUAUCUAGGGUUAUUUUAGCUUCUAAGACUGAUUCACAAUAACAUUUUCUUAAAUGUGUUUGCAAGCAGUCAAAUAAAGCUACUCAAACAUUUCACUUUCACUCUCAUACAUGUUUGUAGCAGUAGUGAAUUUUACCUAUAUUCGUUUUUUGCUUUUUAUUUUAUUUUUUACCUCUGUAUGUUCUUCAAAGCAGAAAGUUGAGGGUAUCCUGAUGUCACUGUGAAAUAUUUUUGACAAUCGGGGUAUUGAGAUGUUUGUAUUAAAGGCACAACAAUAGGUGCACGAAAUACAAACACCUUUGUCUUCAGGUGGCCGGCAAAAGACUGAUUAAAGGAGAUGCUGAUGUGGAAACUCGAGACGCCCAACAAGCCCAAUCAUUCAAACACUUAAGAUCUGGAAAAGCUGUUAUCUCUGCCUCUAUUCUGUGCGCGGUCUUGUUUACCCCAUUGAAUAAUUGAAGAACAAAGACAAACUUGGUGCUCAUAAAAACUGUAAGGGACAAGUGUACUCUGAUUAAAAUAGGAUCUUGUCAUAAUUCAUAAUUAUCUUCAUCGGAGGGGCAUGCAGUUGUUAAUUCCAUCCAGCUUUUUCACUCAUGCCCAGGUUUGGUAAACUAGAAAAUGGUCUCUGAAGAUUUUUUUUUUUUGUGUGUCAAUUUUAAUUAUACUUGCUCUGCAAAAAUGUCUUGUUAUAACUGUUGAAUUGAUUUCCUGAGGUAAGCUUUAGCUAUUUUAAUGAGACAAAAACAAGAAAAUACAUUUUAGGAUACUUUUGUUUCUUUUAUUUGAACAUGGUAUUGUUGCUUGCUUUGUAUAUAAACGUGUUGAUGAUUAUUAAAAACCUCAACAAAUCGAAA